UGAGCAGGUUAAACAACAUAAUUUCUGUUGGCGAUAUAGAUGGCCAGAUAAGAAACAUGGAACACAAGAUCCAGCAUGAAACUCUGGAUCUAAAGGAAGAAAAGCAAUUGAUACGCCAAAUCAAACAAUUGAAGCAGAAUCGUGAGGAGCUGUCUUCUAAUAUGGGAAAGCAGGAUCAAUCACAGCAAUCUCUAGAUAACAAAGACAGUAUUGGAGAGCACUCUAAGCAUUUACAGCUUUUGAAGAAGGAAAUGGAAUUGCUUAAAAAUAAUGUUCAGAAGUCUGAAGCAGCAACUAAAGCUGCAAGGAAGAAAAGUGAUGAUGAAAACAAUAAAAUGAGUGAGGUGCUAGCUCGGUAUAGGGCUGCUGAUGACAUUCGUCAAGAGACAUAUGCUAAGUUACAUGCUUUGAAAAAACAAUUGCACGAGAAGAGCAAAUAUUUUUGGGAAUACAAAAAUGCUGCAAAGAAAGCGCAGGAACUAGCAGCAAAAGGGAAGAGAGAGGAACUGCAACGCAUCUGUGUUGAUGAGGCUGAGCGAAUACGGGAGCUGUGGGGAAAAAACGAUGAGUUCAGAAGGGACUAUGCCCGGUGCAACACCAGGAGCACACUGUGGAGACUGCAAACCCUGGAUGGCCGAUCACUUGGUCAGGAUGAAGAGCCACCUGUAAUUCCUAAUGCCUUCGCUGAAAGAGCUUCCAGAAAUAAUUCUUUAGCCGUGGUGUCGCAGUCAACUCUGGAACAAGAAAAGAAGUCAAUAUCAACAGAAUCUGUUAAUAUAAAGAAUGAGCCCGUUUCAAAGGACGUGGUUCAAAGAACUGAAAUAAGUCAAACAACUAAAGCUAAAAAGCCUGCAAAACCUGCUCCCUUGGAGAAGCCAAUGGUUGCGCGUUGGGGGGAUGAGUCUGAUGAAGAUACGAGAGAAGAACCUGUGAGGACAAAGGAGGAAGAGGAGCUGAUCUUAAAGGCCGAAAAGGCGAGGAAGGAAGAGGAAGCAGCAAAGUUGAAGGAAAUGCGGAGGCUAGAGGAGAUUGAGAAAGCUAAGGAGGCAAUGGAAAGGAAAAAGCGUAAUGCAGAGAAGGCUAUACAAAGGGCUGCCUUAAAGGCACAAAAAGAAGCUGAGGAGAGAGAGAAGAAGAGGGAGAAGAGAGCAAAGAAGAAGGAAAGAAGAACUUCAGCUUCUGCUGACACUGCAGACAAUACACAACAAGAAUGUGCUCCUAGCUUAGAAACUCAAACAACAAUUACAGAAGAAUGUGAUCAGAGUGAGAAACCAGCUGAGAUAACAAGAAGGCCGCAGAAACCAUCUCAUUUCACGAGGCUGACCAAGAUAAAAUCUUCCUUGCCGAUGCCUCUCCGCAACCGGGGGAGGAGACGAAUUCAACCAUGGAUGUGGGUUCUAAUUGCAGUUCUUGUUGCUGUUGUCAUGCUUUUUGUGGGAAAUAGCAGCUCUCUGAGAUCUUCCCUGCCACGCUUUGGUUUCUGAGUGCACUUCAAAGAACAUUUGCUUUGAAACUAGGCAAACACUGGUGUUUGUCGGGGAAUGCGAGUUACCCUUACAUAUUUAUUAUAUACAUACGUAUAGAAACAAUUCUUUGGUGCCCUUAAAAUUCUUUCCACCUAGUUUUUCGUAUCUAGUCAUGAAUAUUAUUUUCU